AUGGUUUUGGUUGGCGUGAAUGAACGUUUUCUACUUCCACUACCAACAUUUAUAAGAAACAUAAAUGACUUCAAAAUUGUCUAUUAUUAUUUAAAUAAAUUAUUUAAAUGUUCUUUUGAAGAUGGCGACAUUACUCAAUUUAUAUUCAAUCCAAAACUGAUCGAGUUAUUAUUUGACAAUGCUAAACGAUUCUAUAUUCAAGACUGCACACUACUUAUUACAGAUUAUAAUAUUGAAAAUAUAUUUCACUUUAUUUUGAAUCAUUUAGCUAGUGCAACUCUUGAAAUUAGUUUUUUUGUGGAAAAAGAUAUAAAAAAAUACAUAAAUAUGUUAUUCAAAAUUUCAUUAAAUGGAGGAGAAAAUUUUAAAAAAGUAAAUCUGAUAUUUGAUAAUUUUGCAGAAAAUUUGGAUAUCGUUAUAAAUGCAACACUUUUUUAUGAAUAUAUUCUUGAAUAUAUAGCAACAUCUAGAGAUUAUUCGAAGAUAGUGCCUGUCAUUAAUUUACAUUAUAACAAUUCAUCAAAUCUUGAGUUAAGCAAAAGAGCAGAAAAAGUUGAAAUUAAACAAAUAUACGGUACAAAAUAUACAAAAUUCCAAAUUGUCAAUAUUCACAAUUCAAAUGUGAAAUUCUCAUUUUUCAAUCAAGAACGGGAAAACUUUCCGAAUGUUGAUGUUAGAAUCAAAAUAAUGAAAGAGUAG